AUGAGCAGGCCUCCAGCAACAUGGCGCAAGGUCGGGCGCGCGCUGGUGCUACUGGCGCUCUUCUUGGUGUGUCUGCCAGAGCCUAAGACCAGCGCUUUGAACAGUGUUACAAGUGUUCCCGAGCAGCUUCAGGCGAGCAACGCAGACGGCGCGGGCUUUGCUUGGAGCGGGGGCCGUGCAGUUUCCAAGGUGGGAUGUGAUGUAUGGCAUGGAACGCCGAAGAUCCGCAAACCAGAGCGAGGUCGGUUCCUCCGGGAAAAUGGGCACAGAACUUGCUGGUCGCACGCAGGGCCAAGGGGCCUCUGCAACCUCGUGAAGACGAACAUAAGGAUCAGUCCAUGUUGGGAGGCCACCUCAGAAAAGGAUCAGGAUGAGGUGGAAGAGGCCAAAGGAAGCUUCGAUCAGGCCGACUGGCUAGACAAGACAGCUGAAGAGAUCCGGUGGUUUGGAGCUGAGGAGGUCGGUUAUUGGAUCAGAGCGGUCUUGGAAGAGGCGAGCUACGACAACGACGAAGACGAGGAGGUUGUGCAGGAGAUUACAAAUACUCUGAAGGUCGAAAGUGUCAAAGGCCGCGCGCUGUUGCUGUUGACUUCGGACGACAUGAAAGACAUGAAGAUUCCCGUGGGGCCGCGCAAAGUCCUGGAAAAUCGCAUCGCUGCCGUGUCAAAGGCGACAGCCAAGGACUGGUGCAGCAGGCUGCUCCAGAAGAAGCUUACGUUCGGGCACGGCACCCCGCUACUUUCCACAAUCGGAUUCGAUUGGGACUAUUGCGGCAAGGAAGACCUGGCUAAAGACAUGCGGGCCUCCGUUCAGAAGCUGCAUGAGGCAAAGGGGCGCGGCGGGGACAAGCAGGCUCAUCCCUUGUUUAUCGCGUUCGCCGGCCCCGGCCAAGGCAAGUCCCGACUGCUCUCAGAGUUCCCGGGCCUGGUGGCGGAGUGUCUCAAAGAUCUCAAAAACCGCAGGUUCAGUGACGAGCCGCUCGCCUUUCUCCUCACCUGCGAGAACGGCCUGGGGCCUGGGGACUGGGGCACAGAGGAGCUCAACGCCCGGCGCUUCGUGGCGUGCCGCAUGCUCUGGCAGCUGCGAGACGCCAAUCAGGAGGCAUUCGACGAUGCAGGCGCCCCCACCAACUUCGCAAAAUUCCGGGCUGGGUGUGAUGCUGACCUCGUUCCAGAAGAUGUCUUUGGAUUGGUUUUGCCUCCUGACCAGAGAAGCUUAGCCACAGUGGUGAUGGGCGUGGAUGGCAUGCAAAACCUGCCGGGAUUCCCCCAGCGUGGCGAGGAAACAGGCAAGCGGGCGCCUUUCUACCAAGUGAUGCGGGAGGUCUGCCGCCUCGUGAACCAGGACACUCCCCCAUUUGUUGUGGCGUGCGUAACAGCGACGCAGAGUGUGUCUCAGUCCCUGGCUGACAGCUCACAAGCCCGCACGUACUUGAAGCUGCCGCGAGUGACGGCAGUCACCAGGAAGAACCGCACUGUCCUACCCCCAGAUGAUUUAAUUCAGCUCUUGACAGUGGACAUGGGCGGGCAUGGCAGGGCCCUGGAAGGCCUUGAGGAGGCCUUGAAUGAUUGGCAGAGCAUGAGCGCAAGUGCUCUUGUAGGUGCAGUCAUUUCGAAGUUGUAUGAAAAGUACCCCGAUGCUGUAAACUUUGCCGGCGCGAAAGCUUCGGAUGUGCUGGAUUUGCUGCGAGCAUCCCUUUCAGGAAAAGUGUUGGGUCAAAACCAGACCAUUGGCGGUCUAGAUCCUACGAAGACGGAGUUGGUGCGAGUCGUGUAUCUUGACAAGCUUUUUUACGAGUAUCGCAUCGACAUUCCCUACAUCUGGCUGCAGGUGAUGCUCUCGCAACAGAGGCUCACUCCAGACUUGGACCCAUGGAAACUCCUGGACUACGGCUUCUUUGAGAGGCCAGCAACGCGAACUUGGCAAGCCUGGGAGCUGUUUAACGCCGACUUCCGUGUGUUGCGCUCUUGCAGCUUUGAAGACGGACAAGCAGUCAAAAUUGGCUUAUUACACAGAGGUGCCAUCAUCCGACCUCGUGGCUUCGAGCACCAAGAGGUCCGCAACCGGCACCUGACACUUGCAAAAGCGAAAAGCAGGCUGUCAUCCAAGUCAUCGUGUUGCGGCCAUCCCAAACCAAACAGCACAUCGAGCGACACCAACCUUGCCAACGGCCUGAAAAAGUUCCAAUGCCGCGUCACCUUAGCCGGCAAAGACGUUGUUGUGUCGAUGGCCGACAAAACCACACUGGUGGUAAACGGUGCCGGAGCUCCCGCUGCCGAUGCGUUUCUCAUGCUGGGCGAACGGACAGCCGGCAACGAGCAGCUUAUCUCGGAAUGCCUGCAGUUUAAGAUGGGCUCAAGCAUCGUCAAGGCGACCGAGGAGCGCCACAAAGCCUGCGACAACAACGACAUCCUGGUGCUGCUUCUGAAUAGGGCUGAGAACUCACCCGAAUCCCAGGACAGACUGGUUUUUGUUUCUGCCGAACAAUUUGAGGAGUACUUUGGCUUGUAUGCCGGCCGUGCGUUUCUGCUGAAGGAUGUCAAAAUUGCGCAGGAUCCAUGCGUGAAAGUGCCUUUGUGUCCGGCGCACUUGCUGAGUUGA